AUGCUCCAAUCCAUUCUUGUUACCGGCGCGACUGGGAAGCAGGGUGGUGCCGUCAUCAAGGCCCUUACUGCUCUCCAGGACGCAAGAUUCUCUAUAUUUGCCUUAACUCGUGAUGUCGACUCAGCUAGAUCAAAAGGCCUCCUUAAGCACUAUCCUUCAAUCAAACUAAUAUCUGGAGAUCUCAAUGAUCCAGACGCCAUCUUUGGAAGAAUCGGCUUGCCGGUAUGGGGUGUUUUCAGCGUUCAGACUCCAUACGGUAAGGAUGCCAGUCUAGAUCUCGAGGUGGCACAAGGUAAAAGCCUUGUGGAUGCGGCAUUGAGAAACCAUGUGAAGUUCUUUGUCUACUCAUCUGUCGAUCGAGGGGGUCCACGGAGCGACGACGGGGCCUGUCCUGUUCCCCACUUCGAAACGAAACGGCAGAUCGAGGACCAUCUGCGUUUGAAGACGGUUAACGCAAACAUGCAAUAUACUAUUCUGCGACCCACCUUUUUUAUGGAUAAUAUCACCAACGAUCUGCAAGGUGGACUUGUCUCCGCUGCCUGGAAGGCCAAUGUCGACCCAAAAAGAGUUCAGCUCAUUGCAACCUCUGAUAUAGGCUUGGUUGCAGCGCAAGCCUUUGCGAAACCUUACGAAUAUGCCGGUCGCGCUAUCAGUCUUGCGGGGGACGAAUUGACGCAUGAAGAGGCUGCCUUGGUGUGGCAAGAAGAAACGGGAUCACCAAUGCCAAUUGGAUCUCGUAUCCUAGCAUGGGCGCUUCUCCGAGCCGUCAAAGACCUGAGGUUUAUGUUUAAAUGGUUCCGCGAGGAGGGAUAUGGAGCUAAUAUUCCCGAGUUGAAGAGCCAAUAUCCUGAACUCCAGGACCUGAGGACUUGGGUAAGGUCAAAUAAGAGACAAUAG